AUGCGCCCUUCCGAGCUGGGUGAGGAGGGUAAGUCGCGCCGUGCGACGAGAAGCUCAAGGCCGGCUGAGCAGCAGCUGACAACGAAGGAGCGGUGCUGGCAGGCUGACGAGCUGAAGAAGAGUAUCACACAACCGGCGGGCUCUGCCGUGGAGACGAACCAGGAUAUCAGAUCUGUCAAUGUCGUCGAACCGGACAAGCAAAUUGGCCGUGGGGUGCUUUCGUGGUGUUACACUCAGAUGAGCCUCUUCAUCAUUCCUAUUGCCUCCGGCCAUGGUUUCGGGCUUGACGCUCCGCGAGAGCGCGCGCGCGACUUGACGCACGGCAUCGCGUCGGCCAUUGUCGCAGCUAUCGUUGGUCCACGCGGAUUGAACCAAUUCUGCCUCGGUGGCUGCGCGCGGCUGCUUCAGUCUCGACGAGCGCCGGCCCGAAUCCAGGCCCAGCAAUACAUCGAGUCAGGGCGCGAGAUCAGCUGCACUUUGGAUACGUGGCUGGUGCAGUGCUGA